AUGCCUAGCGAAGGACACAAGUUCGAACGUCAUGCCUCAAUCACGCAGCAGCGUCGACUGUCGCUACAAUACGAGCGAAAUGCUUGGUUAGGGCCGCCGUCAGAUACUAUCUACGCUGGUAUAUCCAGCAGUUUUGAAGAUAACUAUACAUCAACUAUAGCAAUCGCAAUCCGUGACACCACAUAUUUACUAGACUCCAUCGAGAAGGAGUUCACAAACGGCCGAGCGUCUGCAGACGAAGCUACUGACUUCAUAAUUUCCGAACUGAGGGCGUAUUCAACACACAAUCUCGAGAAAUUUGUUGGAAUAUCAAUGCCUGAACAUGUUGCAACGCACUGCCCUCGACUAUGUCCUCGCCUUUGGGCGGAGCUCGACAUCAUUCCAUUGGUCUUGUCGAACGCAACUCUCAUCGACAGAGUCAGCAUCGAACAGGCUAGUGAGACCACAAACCCGAGAGCUGAUGGAUGGAAUGAAAAGACUGUCGAUGAACAGGCUGAAUCCAUGGCCCGAAAAGGUGUUAGACUGUUUGGACCGGAAAACACCCCCCUGCUACAAGUGGGCUUCCUCGGGCUCGUGGAAGUAGACACAGCUUACCAUGUACGACUUGCGGACCUGAGUGAUUUCCAGAAAACAGUCUCAGAUAGAACUUGGACCGCGACGCAACGCUACGCCACUGAAUUGAAAGAACGCAAUGUCAAAGUGGCAUUUUUCAGUUCCACGCCUCAGGGUGGUGGUGUGGCUUUAAUGCGACAUGCUCUCUUGCGAUUCUCACAUUGCCUGGGCACUGACAUCAAAUGGUACGUUCCAAAACCACGCCCGGGUGUCUUCCGGGUAACCAAAACAAAUCACAAUAUCCUCCAAGGUGUCGCGCAUCCAGACGAGCGCUUAACACCAGAGAACAAGAAACUUCUGCAGGAGUGGAUUGAGGAGAAUGCCAGAAGAUACUGGACCCGACCAGGUGGACCUUUACUUUCACCAUCAGAGGGUGGUGCAGAUGUCUUGAUCAUCGACGAUCCCCAGAUGCCAGGCCUCAUUCCCAUCUCAAGGAAACUAGCUCCGAAUCGACCAAUCAUCUACCGUAGCCACAUCCAAAUCAGAAGUGACUUAGUUGCCAUACCUGGCUCUCCACAGGCGGAGGCCUGGGAAUUCCUGUGGGAUACUAUUAAACAAGCCGACUGUUAUAUCAGCCACCCUGUGAGCGCCUUCGUGCCACACAAUGUGCCCCAAGAGAUAGUAGGCUACAUGCCUGCGGCAACGGACUGGUUGGAUGGACUGAACAAGGAUAUGCGGGACUGGGACAUUGCGCACUAUGGCCGCGUCUUCAAUGCAGCCUGUCGUAAUGCGGAUAUGCCAACUAUCCAAUGGCCUGAGGAUUCGUAUAUCGUCCAGAUCGCACGCUUCGACCCGUCAAAGGGUAUUGAGGAUGUAUUAGUCUCCUAUGAGAAAUUCCACAACAAACUAAUAACCGAAGCGCCAAAUACGGUCCCUCCCAAACUACUAAUCUGCGGACACGGAUCAGUAGAUGAUCCCGACGGAGGAAAAAUCUACGACGACAUAAUCGAAUACCUCGACACAAAAGUCCCAGAUAUCCGCCAUAUGAUCUGCGCCAUGCGCGUGCGGCCCUGCGACCAAGUCCUGAACGCCAUUCUCUCCAAGGCGACCGUCGCACUGCAACUAUCCACAUCCGAAGGCUUCGAGGUAAAAGUCUCCGAGGCAAUCCACAAAGGCAAACCAGUCAUUGCUACGCGUGCUGGCGGCAUCCCGUUGCAGGUUGCGCAUGGGAAGAAUGGGUUCCUGGUUGAUGUUGGAGAUACCGAUGCUGUGGCGCAGCGCUUGUUUGAGCUCUGGACGGAUCACGAUCUGUACCUCCGCAUGUCCGAGUACGGUAUUCACAAUGUAAGUGAUGAAGUGAGUACCGUGGGAAAUGCUCUCGACUGGAUGUAUCUCUCUGCCACGUUGUCGCGUGGUGAGUCCGUUCGGCCCAAUGGACGUUGGAUCGAUGAUCUGGCAUUUGAAAAGCUUGGUCACCCUAAUAAAGACGAUGAACUGCGUCUCAAACGUGCAGUCGAGGUGGAGAAUAUGGGAUAA